UGAGAAGGUGCAGAUUUGAUCAGCGGGGGAUUGAGAGGCAGAGAAGGAGAAAUUCUCGUGCUGUCGAAGAUGCAGCUAACUUUCUGUUGGUUGGUGCUACUCCCUCUGGUUGCUUGCAUCCACCCAGAAUGCAAAAUAUUUCAGCAAGUAAUGAAAGACGAGGCUCAGUGUUUGGAUAAAAAUGAAUCUCUGUUGCCGGGAUUUCAAGGAUGCUCAGGAAUCUGGGAUGGACUAAGUUGCUGGCCCAGAGCUGCUUUUGGAGAGAUGGUCACAGUGUCGUGCCCUGCAUUUUUUGAAGAAAUAACCAACAUACAUGGGUUCCUCCACAGAAAUUGUACACCAGGCAAUUACUGGUCAGAACCUUUUCCAUCGUAUUCAGUUGCCUGUGGGUUCAAGGAUGGCAUGACAGAGGAACCUGAAGAUGAGAAAUCAUACUUUUUGGCAUUCUGGCAUAUCUACACUGCAGGCUACGCAACAUCUCUGGCAUCCCUCAUAACAGCACUACUCAUCUUCACCAUCUUCCGAAAAUUUCACUGCACACGGAAUUAUAUCCACAUGCAUUUGUUUCUCUCCUUCAUCUUGAGGGCAGCUGCAGUUUUCACAAAAGAUGCCAUUUUGUUCUCUGAUGACAGCAUGGACCACUGCCAGAUGUCCACAGUGACAUGCAAGGUGGCUCUGACAUUCUUCCAGUUCAGCAUUUUGGCCAACUUCUUCUGGCUGCUGGUUGAAGGCAUGUAUCUGCAGACACUGCUGUUGCUGACCUUUGUCCCCGACAAACAGUACGCCUGGAGGUUCAUCCUGAUCGGAUGGGGUGCACCAGGAGUUACAACGCUGGCAUGGAUCAUGGCCAGGAUUUACAGACAGAAUACUGGAUGCUGGGAUGAUGAGGAAGAAAGCUCAGCCGUGCUGUGGAUCAUCAAGGGACCCAUCCUAUUAACAGUUCUAAUCAACUUUGCAAUCUUUCUCAACGUCAUCCGCAUUUUGGUACAGAAAUUACAAUCUGCAGAGACUGGAGGACGGCAUACAAAGCAUUUUGUGAGGCUGGCCAAAUCCACUUUGCUCCUCAUUCCCCUUUUUGGAGCACACUAUGUUGUCUUUGCCUUCUUCCCAGAGAGUAUCGGGAUGGUUGCUCGACUCUACCUUGAACUGGGUGUAGGAUCAUUCCAGGGUUUCUUGGUGGCCCUCCUGUACUGUUUCUUAAAUGGAGAGGUUCAAGCCGAGUUCAAGAAACGUCUCCGGAAGUGGCACUACCAGCAUUACCUCAGCUUCACUCGGAAGCACCGAAGCCUCUCCAGAGAUUACAGUCCGACGAAUUAUGUCACACAGUUAUCUCUGUUGGACAGAAUCAGUCCCAAAAGGAGUGUCUGCCCCAAUGAUCUUGCUUCUGUCUGAAACUCAAACACUGUCUGGUCCUCAGAAUCACUGGAAAAUAUCCAGUCCUAGCAUUCCAGCCGAGGGCAGUAGCUGUACAAUAGGAGACUUUGGCCUCAGCCCAAGGAUGGGAAUCUGAAGUCUUUAGGCUGUAUAGAGUGAUCCCAAAACUGGCUUGUUGUUGGUUUGGGUGACUGUAUAUAAGUACACUGCUGGCUAGGCUGGCUUGAUGAUAGAAUGGUUCCUCGGAGGAGAACCACAACUUUGCUGGCAACCCACCAAAACUAGAAUU